AUGACAAUAUCAACCCAGAAAACCAAAUGCAUGACAACAUCGAAAACACCAUUAAGAUGCAAACUGGAAGUUGACGGCAAUAUCAUCCAACAAGAAAUGAAAUUCAAAUACUUGGGCAUAGAAUUAUCAGGCUGUGGUGAUGUUGAGGAGAAAGUGAGGGCACAAACUGUGAGGGCAACAAGAGUGGCGGGAUGUUUGAGUGACACGGUAUGGCGAAAUAAAAAUAUCAAAGUGGAAACAAAGGCCAGAAUUUAUAAAGCAGUAGUAAGACCAACUAUGACAUACACCGCUGAAACUAGACCAGACACAGCGAGGACAAGACAACUACUGGAGACCACAGAAAUGAGCUCAUGUCGAUCUCGACGAGAGAGCCCUUGA